GCAGAAGCCUGGGAGCUGCGGGUGGAGAGGUUUGGGAGGCGCGAGAGAUGUCCACCCUGGGCUGGUGGCGCCGCCGGGCGCCAGGCGCCAUGUGGGUGCGCUAGGCGGCUGUUCGCGCCCGAGGCUGCGCUGCACUGAGGUGAGCUUUGCCUUCUUGGUCUUCCAUCCUUCUUGGAGACGACUGGCGAGAGGAAGAGGGACUAGGUCCAAACGCUAGGUGGCUGGGUCCAGCCAGAGACUCGUACCAAGGAGGAGAUCAUUGAGCUCUUGGUCCUUGAGCAGUACCUGACCAUCAUCCCUGAAAAGCUCAAGCCUUGGGUGUGAGCAAAAAAGCCAGAGAACUGUGAGAAACUCGUCACUCUGCUGGAGAAUUACAAGGAGAUGUACCAACCGGAAGACGACAACAGCAGUGACGUGACCAGCGACGACGACAUGGCCCGGAACAGAGGAGAGUCCUCACCACCUCACUCAGUCCAUUCUUUCAGUGGUGACCGGGACUGGGACCGGAGGGGCAGAAGCAGAGACAUGGAGCCACGAGACCGCUGGUCCUACACCAGGAACCCAAGAAGCAGGCUGCCUCAGCGAGAUCUUUCCCUUCCUGUGAUGGCGAAAACAAGCUUUGAAAUGGAAAGAGAUGAUGACAGGGACUCCAGGGCUUAUGAGUCCCGAUCUCAGGAUGCUGAAUCAUACCAAAAUGUGGUAGACCUCACUGAGGACAGGAAACCUCACAACACAAUCCAGGACAACAUGGAAAACUACAGGAAGCUGCUCUCCCUGGGAGUGCAGCUUGCUGAAGACGAUGGCCACUCCCACAUGACGCAGGGCCACUCAUCAAGAUCCAAGAGAAGUGCCUACCCAAGCACCAGUCGAGGUCUAAAAACUAUGCCUGAAGCCAAAAAAUCAUCCCACCGGCGGGGGAUUUGUGAAGAUGAAUCUUCCCAUGGAGUGAUAAUGGAAAAAUUCAUCAAGGAUGUGUCGCGCAAUUCCAAAUCGGGAAGAGCAAGGGAGUCAAGCGACCAGUCACAGAGAUUCCCCAGAAUGUCAGAUGCUAACUGGAAGGACGUUUCAUUGCACAAGAGGGAGUCAGUGAUCCAGCAGAGGGUUUAUGAAGGGAAUGCAUUUAGGGGAGGCUUUAGGUUUAAUUCAACCCUUGUUUCCAGAAAGAGAGUUCUGGAAAGAAAGAGGCGCUAUCAUUUUGACACGGAUGGGAAGGGCUCAAUUCACGAUCAAAAAGGCUGUCCCAGGAAGAAGCCCUUUGAAUGUGGUAGUGAGGUGAGAAAAGCCGUGAGCAUGAGCAACUUGAGCAGCCUCAGCUCCCCGUCCUUUACCGAGUCGCAGCCAAUUGAUUUUGGGGCAAUGCCAUAUGUAUGUGAUGAGUGUGGGAGGUCGUUCAGUGUCAUCUCAGAAUUUGUUGAGCACCAGAUCAUGCAUACUAGAGAGAACCUCUAUGAGUAUGGUGAGUCCUUUAUUCACAGUGUGGCUGUCAGUGAAGUUCAGAAAAGUCAGGUUGGAGGGAAACGUUUUGAAUGUAAGGACUGUGGAGAGACCUUCAAUAAGAGUGCCGCCUUGGCUGAACAUCGGAAAAUUCAUGCUAGAGAAUAUCUUGUGGAAUGUAAGAAUCAGGAGUGUGAGGAGGCCUUCAUGCCUAGCCCAACCUUUAGUGAGCUUCAGAAAAUGUAUGGGAAAGACAAAUUCUAUGAGUGCAGGGUGUGUAAGGAAACCUUCCUUCAUAGUUCUGCCCUGAUUGAGCACCAGAAAGUCCACUUUGGGGAUGACAAAGAUAAUGAGCGUGAACGUGAACGUGAGCGCGGGGAAACCUUUAGGCCCAGCCCAACGCUUAAUGAGUUUCAGAAAAUGUAUGGUAAAGAGAAAAUGUACGAAUGUAAGGUGUGUGGGGAGACUUUCCUUCAUAGCUCAUCCCUGAAAGAACAUCAGAAAAUCCAUACUAGAGGGAACCCAUUUGAAAAUAAGGGUAAAGUAUGUGAGGAAACCUUUAUUCCUGGUCAGUCCCUUAAAAGGCGUCAGAAGACUUACAAUAAGGAGAAGCUCUAUGACUUUACAGAUGGCCGGGAUGCGUUCAUGCAAAGCUCAGAGCUCAGUGAGCAUCAGAAAAUUCACUCUCGAAAGAACCUCUUUGAAGGCAGAGGGUAUGAGAAAUCUGUCAUUCAUAGUGGACCCUUCACUGAAUCUCAGAAGAGUCAUACUAUAACACGACCUCCUGAAAGUGAUGAGGACGAGAAGGCAUUCACCAUUAGCUCUAACCCCUAUGAAAACCAGAAGAUUCCCACUAAGGAAAAUGUCUAUGAGGGGAAAUCAUAUGAGAGGUCUGUUAUUCAUAGCUUAGCCUCUGUGGAAGCUCAGAAAAGUCACAGUGUAGCGGGGCCCAGUAAACCGAAAGUAACAGCAGAGUCUGCCAUUCAGAGCUUCGAUGCUAUCAACCAUCAGAGAGUUCGUGCUGGAGGGAACACCUCCGAAGGAAGGGAAUACAGUAGGUCUGUUAUCUAUAGCUUAGUGACUUCCAAACCUCCAAGAAGUCACAGUGGAAAUGAAUUAGUGGAAUCUAAUGAGAAGGGAGAAUUCUCCAUUUAUGUCUUAGACCUUAAUGAUAAGCGACAGAAGAUUCCUGCCAGAGAGAACCCUUGUGAAGGGGGCAGUAAGAAUCACAACUAUGAAGACUCUGUCAUACAGAGUGUAUCGCAUGCCAGACCUCAGAAAAGUGUUCCUGGAGAGGGAUCUGGUGAAUUUAAGAAGGAUGGUGAAUUCUCUGUUCCCAGCUCAAAUGUCCGUGAAUACCAGAAGGCUCGGGCUAAAAAGAAAUACAUUGAGCAUAGGAGCAAUGAGACCUCUGUAAUUCACUCUCUACCUUUUGGUGAACAAACAUUUCGCCCUCGAGGGAUGCUCUAUGAAUGUCAGGAGUGUGGGGAGUGCUUUGCGCAUAUCUCUGACCUCACUGAGCACCAGAAGAUUCAUGAUAGAGAGAAGCCCUCUGGAAGCAGAAACUACGAAUGGUCUGUCAUUCGCAGCCUGUCCCCUACUGACCCUCAAACAAGUUAUGCCCAAGAGCAGUAUGCUAAAGAGCAAGCGUGGAACAAAUUUAAGGAAUUCAGACAAUUUUUUGCUACCAGCAAAGACCUGAACACACACCAGAAAAUCUAUGACCAAGAGAAGUCUCGUGGUGAGGAGUCUCAAGGUGAGAAGACCCGUGGGGAGGAGACCCACGGCGAGGAGACCUACAGCGAGGAGACCCAUGGCAAGGGGACAAUUGAAGACCCUGUCAUUGAAGGCUCAGACAUGGAAGACCCGCAGAAGGAUGACCCUGAUGACACAAUCUAUGAAUGUGAGCACUGUGGCCUGGGCUUUGUGGAUCUCACAGACCUCACAGACCAUCAGAAAGUCCACAGCAGGAAGUGCCUGGUUGACAGUCGGGAGUACACACAUUCUGUAAUUCACACCCAUUCCAUCAGCGAGUAUCAGAGAGAUUACACUGGAGAGCAGCUGUAUGAAUGUCCAAAGUGUGGGGAAUCUUUUAUUCAUAGCUCAUUCCUUUUCGAGCAUCAGAGAAUCCAUGAACAAGACCAGUUGUAUUCCAUGAAGGGGUGUGAUGAUGGUUUUAUUGCCCUCUUGCCCAUGAAGCCAAGGAGGAAUCGUGCCGCAGAGAGGAAUCCUGCUCUUGCUGGGUCGGCCAUUCGAUGCCUUUUGUGUGGACAAGGCUUCAUUCAUAGCUCUGCCCUUAAUGAGCAUAUGAGACUUCACAGGGAAGAUGAUUUACUGGAGCAGAGCCAGAUGGCUGAGGAAGCUAUCAUUCCAGGCUUAGCCCUCACUGAGUUUCAGAGAAGUCAGACGGAAGAGAGACUCUUUGAAUGUGCAGUCUGUGGAGAAUCUUUCGUCAACCCAGCAGAACUUGCAGAUCAUGUAAGUGUUCAUAAGAAUGAGCCUUAUGAGUAUGGGUCCUCCUAUACUCACACCUCAUUUCUUACUGAGCCCCUCAAAGGAGCUAUACCAUUCUAUGAAUGCAAGGAUUGUGGCAAGUCCUUUAUUCAUAGCACAGUCCUCACUAAACAUAAGGAGCUUCAUCUGGAGGAAGAAGAUGAUGAUGAUGAUGAAGCAGCAGCUGCAGCAGCAGCAGCCCAGGAAGUUGAAGCCAAUGUCCAUGUUCCACAAGUAGUUCUGAGGAUUCAGGGGUCAAAUGUAGAGGCUGCUGAGCCAGAAGUGGAGGCUGCCGAGCCGGAAGUGGAGGCUGCUGAGCCAGAGGUGGAGGCGGCUGAGCCAAAUGGAGAGGCUGAAGGGCCAGAUGGAGAGGCUGCAGAGCCCAAUGGAGAGGCUGAACAGCCCAAUGGAGAGGCCGAGCAGCCAAAUGGGGAUGCCGAUGAGCCAGAUGGUGCAGGGAUUGAAGACCCAGAAGAAAGAGCUGAAGAACCAGAGGGAAAAGCUGAAGAGCCAGAGGGAGAUGCCGACGAGCCUGACGGUGUGGGAAUUGAAGACCCAGAAGAAGCUGAAGAUGAAGAGAUUCAGGUGGAAGAACCAUACUAUGAUUGCCAUGAAUGCACAGAAACCUUCACUUCCAGCACAGCAUUCGGCGAGCACCUGAAAACUCAUGCCAGCAUGAUCAUAUUUGAGCCUGCAAAUGCCUUUGGGGAGUGCUCAGGCUACAUCGAACGUGCCAGCACCAGCACAGGUGGUGCCAAUCAAGCUGAUGAGAAGUACUUCAAAUGUGACAUCUGUGGACAGCUCUUCAGUGACCGCCUGUCCCUGGCCAGACACCAGAAUACCCACACUGGCUGAGGGCAUGGGGUAAAGGUUAGAAAACCUUCACCUAGGACUUGACCCUUACCAAACCACAAAGAAUUCAAACCAAUCCAUGAUAAUGUCAGUAGGAGACUUAACCUUAGUGUGUUACACACCUGACUUAACAUCUCCAAACUCAUAUUGAAAAGAGAAUGAAUGUGGAGAUUCCAGUCUUAAGCUUUCCCCUUCAGAUGUCAGUGUCUGCAUGUGGGAAAGCCACAGCACACAUCUUACCUUUCUAAGUAAUCAGAUUGAGAAAACCCUAUGAGUAUUCCAUACUACAAAGGUUGCCCAGACCAACUGUGAAUGACACUUGUGUAAUGUAUAUAUAGUGUUUCCCGAGGUGUAUAUAAAAUAGCAGAUUAUGGCAGAACAGUGAUCACAUAUAUUUGGAUUUAAUAUGAUAUACAGUUACAGUUUACAGAGGUACCUUACCUGGUACUCUAAAUUUUUUUUUUUUUUUUUUUUUUUUUUUGGAGGAGGAAGAGAGCAACAAAUUUGAAUAUAUUUGUAAGUGUCUUAGAUCCCAAGAAAGAUUUAUUGUGCAUUAUUUGAACCCUGUCAGUAUCUUUUUUGAGUAAUUGUUUUGUUUCUUACCCUUGAACAGUUUUGUGAAGGUGUGGGCAUGAUAGAUAACAUGUCUUUUACUCUUUGCUGUUUGAAAAGAGAAGUACUUUAGCUUCUUUCUGCAGCCAUUUCAUCUGCACCAACACUUUGGAACCUAAUACUGUGUAAGGCUUUACAAUAUACGGAUUGACUUUUUGUGACCCAAAUUGAUUGGUUCCCACAUUGUUAUGUUUGUUGAAGUGGUUGUCCUGCAAAAAUAUUACAAGUUUGUUUUCUGGAUUUUUUUUUUUUUUAAACCAACUCAGUAUGUGUUUGAUGAUAGUGAAUUGAUAAAACCCGAAGCUUUUCCCUGUAAAUCUUACAUCUUUGCCUUUAAAGAAUGGGUUACAACCAUCACUAGAUCACAGUAGUGCCUAAUGAAGGUUGAGAACCGUAGGAGAGGCUCUCAUGCUGUAAAUAAUGAUGCAGGCUAAUGACCUUUCAUCACUUCCUUUGUGCGCUUCCUGCCUUAAGUGACAAGUAGCAACAUGGCUUGGGUCCCCUGUGCAGCACCAGCCUAUGCUGCCACAAGUCAGUUUGCACCCUAGGUGCCCAGGAGCUAGUAUCCUUAGAUCUUUCUAUCGCUAACUUAAUUAUCUUCGUUAUUUGACCCUCUAACUCCAUGUCUAACUUGCAUUAAAAAAAAAAAAAUUGCUUUCUUUACAGUCAACCCAAGCUUAACAUGGACUCAGGUUCCCCAGCAGCCUUAAUUUGUUUUGUUAACAUCUGUUCCUUCUUUUUCAGCUCUCCUAGAGUAUUUCUGAGUGUCGCAUUCAUCUAAUCUUAGUAUUCCUUUUAAUCACAAAUUGACCUCACAGCUUGAGGUUUCCUGUGUCCUAUUCUGUGGACUACCUGUGCUCCUUUGCUUCCCCUCCCCUUGCAUAAUAACUAUAUUAAGAGAUUUUUUUUUUUUUGGCCUUGAGUUGGCUGGAAAAAAAAAAAUUAAAAUUUAAAAAAUUAAAAAAAAAAAAGAUUUGCAAAAUGUAAGUGUAGAUCAUUUGAACAAGCAAACUUAAAAUACCCACUGGGGGAAAUGUGUCUGAAUCUUACUCUUCUGGAUCUGCAGGAUUAGGGCUUGGAAGUAUGUCAAAGAUGCAGGGAGUGUCAAAGUUUAGGAAGAUUGUAGAGCUGAGAGCAAGAAGCAGAAAUGAGUAAGCCAAAGAAGGGAGUCCUAAUAUAUCACCAGAUCUAGGAGGGGAGAGGAGACAGACAGAAGAAAACACCAGAGGCAAGAACUGUGGAAGGCCAGGUUGCUGAGAAGGAAUUGAGUAGGGUGUCCUGAGCAGUUUGGAAAAGGAGCCUUUGAUGGUAUGGUGUAGGUGAGAGCUGGCUGCAUAGGAAGACCUGAGGUUGGAACGGACAUCGGGAAAGCUGAGGGGCAGUGAGGUGUACUACAUGGGAAGAGGACUCUUGAAACGAGAAUCAGUGUUGAUGUCGGGGUGAACUUUGUGGGUUCGUUACUUGGUGUUAACAUUGUUGGCUGUGGUAGACCCUUUUCAGAAAGCACCUUGCCAUAAGUCAGGGUGUCCGUUCCAACCUUAAGUUAGUGAAAAGGUAGUAACAAAUGGUAAACAAGAGAGUGAUUGCUUAAACCUAUCUGUGGACACUUAAUGCAGCUGUUUAAAAAUGAUAAUCACGAGUUAUGCAGCAACGUGGAAAUAUAUUUACAGAAUAUUAAGCGGAGAAAGCAGGACAUGAAAGUAUAUUUAUACUGCAGUUAUAACUGUUUAAAAAUAUAUGCUUAUAGUCAAAAGCUGUUGUGGUGGUGUUGUAGGCUUAUAGUUGAGCAUUAUUUUCUUAAAUUUCUUGAAUGUUCUUUAUGGUAGUGUUACUAAAAAGUUUAUGAUCACAUUUUCAUUGUGAAUAUAAUUUGAACUCAUUAUCACACAAUUGGAAAUUACAGAAAAGUGGAGGAAAAAAAAUCAUAUUCCCACCAUCCAAAGACAGAUAUAGUCUCCUCUAUCUUGUUUAUUCUUGUUUCUGUGCACAGGUUUAUGAUUAUAACUGUGUCAAAAUGUAUAUUCAAAAUAGCUGUUACGUUACCUUUGUGGAAUUAUGGUUAAAUACUUUCACCUUAAGUUUUUCAAAUGUUCCCUAUAAUAAUGUCCUGAUAACAGUGUAUUAUGUAUGUCUCCAUUGUGUGCAUAAUACAUACCCAGAGGAAAAAUUAGAAAAUACAGUAAAUUAUUUUUAAAAAUUACCUAUAUUCCCAACACCCAACAACUACUGCUAACAUCUUGAUCUAUUUCCUCCAUCUUGUUUCAGUGCACAAGUUUGUGAUUAUAAAUUGUUAAAUAUGUGUGCAUAAAGUCUAAAAUGAAAAGAUGUGGAAAAUAGCUAAAAUAAUGUUGUCGUUGUGGGAAUUUGGUUAAAUAUUUUGUCUCAAAUUCCUUAAAUAAUCUUUGGUGUUUUGGUAAUAAAUUUUAUGUAUGUAUUUUUCCAUUACAAAUAUAAUACAUACUCAUAGAAAACUUUGGAAAUUCAGUAAAGAAAAUUCACUCAUAUUCCCAACACCCAACAAUUACUGUUAACAUCGUGAUCUGUGCACUAGUCUGUGAUUAUUAGGGUGUUAAUGAUAAGUAUGCAUAAGUGUCAAAGAUGGGAAGAAAGAUGGAAAACAAGAAAUAGUUGUGUGGUUGUUGUGGGAUUAUGGUUAUUUUGUCUCGGUUUCCUUGAAAGGUCUUCAUCAUUCUAGUGUUUUGGUAGUCUGCCUUUAUUACAUAUAUUUCCAUUAUAUAUGAAAUAUGUGUUCAUUAUAGAAACUUCAAAGUUACAGAAAUGUAGAAGAGAAACUCACCCAUGUUUUCACCAUCCAAAGACUGUGGUUAACAUCUUGAUAUAUUUUCUUCAUCUUGUUUCUGUGCACAGGUUUUUGGUUUGUUAAUAUGGUUGUGGUUGUUCUAUCUAUCUGUAAUAGUGUCAACAAUAAAAAUAAAGUUAAAAAUAAAUAUUU